GCCACUCAAUUGGUUAACACGUUGCGCUCCGUAUGUGGGUACGUUUGUAUCUAUAUAGAUACUUGUUGUAUUCUCUGCCGCCGGUUAUACUCUGCUACAGAGUUUUAUGGUUUUAUGUGAAGUGUCGGUAUUUUGAUACGUGUAAAGUGUACUGUGCCGCCAACGUCGGCUGUAGCAGAAUUGUGAAUAAAAAUAAUACCACCAACAACGAAAUUCUUUUAUUAAGCAACAGAGCAAAAAAUAACAUCGGCAGCGUAGCAGUUAGUGUUAACAGCGAUGGUAGCAGCAGAGUAAAUAGUGGAAGUGAAGUGAAGUAAUUUUUAGUGCUGUUGCCUCUGCACUUUGCUACUAAAAUUUUAGCUGAAGAAGUUUUGAAGUUGAAUAAAAGAAUAAAUUCCCUUGUGUUCACCUAAAAUUGCAUGGGAAUAAAAUAUAUGAAUAGGUUUUGAGGAUAUUGAAACGUUCGUUACAUUUAAGCCAGUGUAAAUAAGCACCAACACAAUGCCCCGAUUUAAAUUAACACACACGCACUAUCAGCUCUUUGCGUUAGCGCUUAUAUGCAUCGUACCGUUAAUCAGCUCUGAAACAAAUCGGCCGCCGGUCUUCACACAAGUUCUCAAUAAUAUUGUACUUGCGGAGAAUGCACCCAUUGGUACGGUCGUUACACAAUUGCAAGGAUACGAUCCGGAGGGUAGUAAUGUCACUUUUGGUGCCAUCGGUUCGGAACACUUCGAAGUGGAUCCCGUUACGGGUAUUAUAACACUAAUUAAACCAUUGGAUCGCGAAGAGAAGGAUAGUCUGUUGUUUCAUGUAACAAUACGGGAUCGUGUAAAUCCCGAGGGCGAAUCGGAACAGGAUAACAUUGUACAGGUGCCGAUUACUAUUAUUGUGCUGGACGAAAAUGAUAAUCCACCAGAAUUUCAAAAUACACCAUACGAAACAGAUGUGAACGAAGAUGCUGCUAUUGGCACAACAAUAUUCAAUAAAAUUCUCGUCACUGACCGUGAUACCAUCGGCGAGAGUCUUGACUUGAAAUGCCUGCCACAGGAGCAAAGUCCUGAGGCGUGCAACAAAUUCCGCUUGGAGCCAUUAUUGCGUGAGCCAACAAUAUUAAAGGCGGCCAUCGUGUUGAAUGACACGCUGAAUUAUAAUCAACGCAUGAUUUAUCACUUUCAAAUUGAAGCAACGGAUGGCGUACAUAAUUCACAAACGACUUUCGAAGUGCGCGUUAAGGACGUACAGGAUAAGCCGCCUGUAUUUCAAGGCUCCUUGUCGGCGGUCAUCGACGAGGACAGUCCCAUUGGUACGUUGGUGUUGAAAGUGCAGGCGCGCGACGGCGAUACCGGCGAGCCGAGGAAAAUCGUUUACGAUUUGUUAACGAAUCCGAUGGACUACUUUUUGUUGGAUGAGAAAAGCGGUGAAUUACGUACGGCUAAACCGUUAGAUCGCGAAGCUCUGCCGGAUAGUACAGGCCUAAUAACAGUCACUGUUAGGGCGCGUGAAGUUGUCAAUGGCACAGCGAGCAGCGACACACUUACCAGCACUGUCGCACAAGCGACGAUAACCAUACGCGACGUUAACGACUCACCACCCACCUUCAAUAAAAAAGAAUAUGAAGUUUCAUUGCAAGAAAACACCGCACCCGGUACACCGCUGGCACUCGACAUGAAUGUGACGGAUCGUGAUGUUGGUGUCAAUUCGAGAUUCUCGCUACGUUUGGACGAUGUAUCCGGCGUGUUUGAAGUGGAGCCGAAAUUCGUUAAUGGUUUCUCGCAAGUUAACAUACGCGUCGGCAAUGGCACACUCGAUUAUGAGAAUCCCAAUCAACGUAAAUUCAUUGUGCUUGUAAUUGCCGAGGAGACAGACACCAAACCGAAACUCUCCUCAACCGCCACCAUCACUAUAACCGUAUUGGAUGCAAAUGACAAUAAGCCAAUGUUCGAACAUGAAUCAUAUUCAGCGAGUAUAUCAGAAGCGGCGCUACCCGGCCAAUACAUCACCACUAUCACCGCAAAGGAUGUGGAUUCUGGGCAAUAUGGUGAUGCUGGAAUACGUUACAGUCUGUCGGGUACCGGUGCUGAGCUUUUUCACGUUAAUGAGCAAACGGGUGUAAUAACAUUAGCCGAUUGUCAUGGUACCAUGGCCGACAACACUGGUGCAGGUAUCAGCAGAGUUGGCCGUCAGCGGCGACAGUUGCCAGCGAAGCAAGAGGAGCAGUCCGAGCCUGAAACAGCCAUGUUGGAUGUGGAUAAUUACAGUACGUUGAUGUCAUCCGCAUCCUUAUUGGCGGGAAGCAAUGAACCACCGUCCAUCGAUGCACUUUUUAAUGCUUUUGUAAUCAACACAGAACCGACGUCAGAGUAUAAAGUCGUUACGCAAUCGGAAGCACGCAGCAGCAUUAACGAUGUCAUUAGCGAAACUGUAACAGCACCAACGCCAGCAGUGUCCGCACAUUUGCCGUCUGUAAUGGAAACGAGCGUAACAAACGCGUCUCCCACAGUCUUCUCAUCCUAUUCCCAACCGACAACGGCUCAAAUAGACGUAGGCGCUGAGGUGCCGCGUACGUGCCUCGACUACGAAACGGAGACCACGUACUUUCUGUCAUACAAAGCAACCGACGACGGCGGUCAAGGCCAAACAUCCGUGGUGGCAUUACGUAUUUCAGUCACAGACGCCAACGACUCGCCGCCUGUUUGCGAGAGCCCAUUGUAUCGUGCUGCCGUCGAUGAGGGUGCGCAUGUGUUUGACUCCCCCUUGGUGGUGAAGGCGCGCGAUGCUGAUACCAUUUCCGACAUAACUUAUCGCAUUAUUGGUGAUGAGCAAAUAUCAAGCAUUUUUACCAUAGACAAACGUUCCGGUCAAAUAACGGUACGCCAAAAUGCUACACUCGAUGUGACUCAUCUGCAGCGCGACCAUUUGGUUUUUGCGGUUGAGGCCAAUGAUGGUGUUUUCACCACCAAUUGUGGUGUGAAUAUAACGGUACGCGAUGUGAAUAAUCAUGCGCCACGCUUUCUUGCAGCGGAGUACUCAGCAGUGGUGGAGGAGAAUUCGGAAAUUGGCACAAGCGUUGAGAAGUUGCAGGCUGAGGAUUUAGAUUCGGGCCCAAAUGCGGAGAUAAGAUAUCGCAUUGAGCACGGAAGUUUCAAUGAUUUCCGCAUUGAUGAGCGGACAGGCGAUGUUUUUGUUUCGCGUAAACUCGACUAUGAUCGUCGCAAUACAUAUCAUAUCGAAGUUUUGGCAACAGAUCUGGGUACACCAAGCCUCUCGGGCACCACUACGCUCACGGUGAACAUUACCAAUAGCAAUGAUAAGGAUCCAUACUUCACGCCGGCUACGCAACAUGCUGAGAUUGCUGAAGACGCUCCGGUGGGCACAUUAGUACAUACGCUAAUCGCACUCGAUCCUGAUAUUCCCACUUAUAGUGCGCUCGAAUUCGCUGGCACGGACGUUGUCGCCAUCGAUAAGGACGGCAAAGAAGUGCCGAAUAGUGACCAGUUUAAAGAAUACUUCACCAUAAAUCGUAAGGGGCAAGUGAUCGUGAAUAAGGACCUGAAUCGGGAUCUCUUUGCGGUCAUACGCAUUAGUGUACUCGUUACGGAUAGUACAGCGCCAACUGUGCAACAAGGUCGUGGCUUACUAAAUAUACAGAUCACCGAUGUUAAUAAAACACCGCCGAAAUUCAACCCACCAUGGACACCGGAGAAUCCUGUAAUUAAACUCCAAAUGACUGAGGAGCAACCAAUUGGCUCCGUGCUGACAACACUACAGGCCUACGAUGACGACUCAACCAUUGGUGAAUAUACGAUCUCACCAAAUAAAUAUUUCACGAUCAAUAAAACGACUGGCGUAAUCAGCUCCACCACACGCAUUGACUAUGAAACCUUAAAAGAGGUGAAAUUCGUAGCCUCCGUUAGUGAUACCGGUGUACCAUCUCUCACAUCCACCGCUGAAGUAACUGUUGAUAUCAUCAAUUUAAACGACAAUGAACCGCAUUUUAGCCAAACCGAGUAUCAUUUUAAUGUCACCGAAAAUUCGCCACGUGGCACUGUUGCCGGCAAGGUUGAAGCAUUUGAUGCCGACGUUGGUCCCUUUGGAGAACUCACAUACUCACUAAUUGGCGAAUAUAGCAAAUACUUUAGCAUUGAUGCCUACACAGGCAGCAUAAUGGUAGCCGAUGCGAUGAUACUCGAUCGUGAGAAGAUAAGCGAGAUCACACUGACAGCUGUUGCACAGGAUAAAGCGCCGACUACAGUGCAGAAAUCAGCAACAGCAGCGAUCCAUAUCAAUGUGUUGGAUGUUAACGACAAUGCGCCAAUCUUUACACAAGAUCAAUACACAACGAGCUUGGCGGAGAAUGCCGCUAUUAAUCCACCUGCUGCUCUGCUGCAAGUGAAAGCACACGAUGCGGAUGAGGGUAUAUUUGGCGAUGUACGCUACUACAUUGUUGCCGGCAAUGAGCAGGGUUUGUUCCGCUUAGAUGCGCAAACAGGCAUUGUUUAUCCUGCACAAAGUUUGAGUGGCAAGAAGGGUAUGUAUGCAUUGGAAGUUGUUGCACGUGAUACUCAAGGUUCGGGCACCAUGGAGAGUCGCACGCGUGUGUUGAUCACAGUUAUGGGCGUGAACCAGCAUCGACCCGUUUUCGUAAUACCAGCGCUCUCGAAUGCCACCAUUGAGAUACCUGGGGAUAUUGUACAACAAGACUAUUUGCUGCUCACCGUCAAAGCAACAGACAAUGAUACGGAUGAGAAUGGUGUGCUCUCCUAUCAUUUCCAAGUCAGCAAUGAAAACGUACAAGAGACCGAUGAUUUUCGCAUCGAUGCAGUCACCGGCGAGCUACGCACCAAACGUGAAUUGAAUCGUAAAGAGCGUGCAAACUACGACAUAAUUUUGGUGGCUCGCGAUGCUGGUAAUCCGACACCAUUUGAAACAUUACGUUUCCUUAGCAUCAGCAUUGUUGAUGCCAACGAAAAUCGUCCGGAAUUCUCCGAUGCUGCAAAUCCUUACAAAAUAUCUAUCAAAGAGAAUAGUGGGCGAGACGUAAGAAUUGGGCGCAUACAAGCGACGGCACGAAGCAAACAUAAUAGAGAUGUAUAUUAUUAUUUGUUGCUUGGAAAUGAGGAUAACGCUUUUGUUGUUGAUAAGGCCACUGGUGAUAUUUACACAAACAAAAGUUUAGAUAGAGAAGAGACCGAUUUCUAUACACUCUACAUACUCGCCAGCAUUAAGUCUGAUUUACACAUUUCCGAAGAAGAGCGUGCCUCAUUUUCCAUAAAAAGUCUCGAACGCGACACCACCGUGGCCAAAGUAUGGAUAACGGUACUCGAUGAAAAUGAUAACGCGCCCAUAUUUGAAAAAGAGGUCUAUUACGCAGGCGUAAAUGCCAAAGCUCCAAUAAACAGUGUUAUAACAGUAGUUAAUGCUACCGAUGCUGAUGAAGGCAAAAAUGCCAAAAUCGAAUAUAUGAUUAUAGCGUCGAAUCUUUAUAAAUAUGGCGCUACAAAAGCAACCGGUUCUAUAGUGCCAAGUCCAUUUGCCAUUUCUACUGAUGGUCGCAUCACCACUGCCGCUUUCAUGGCGGAAUACAAUCAAGAUCGUUUUGAGUUGGAAGUAAUUGCUAAAGAAUUGGAACAACCGCAACAAUCUACACGUACUAAAGUCUAUGUAUGGGUGUUCGAUUCCACGCAACUGGUGCGCGUGAUACUCUCACGUCCCCCAGAGGAAGUACAUCAAGAGCAGGAGGAGAUCAUUGCUGAAUUACGUAACGCAACACAACAUCGCAUCAUUGUUGAUGAGAUACGCUAUCAUGUAGAUGCUAUGGGACGCAUACGCAUGGAUUGGUGUGAUUUGUUCUUCCAUGCAGUUGAGCCGCAUACGCAGCAAAUCGCUGCCGUCGAUGAAAUAUUAAAAGUUAUCGAUGCCAAUUAUGACUAUCUGCGGGACUAUUAUGCCGGCUUCGCGAUUGAAAAUGUGGUGCCAGCUUAUAUAACUAUCGUACAGGAUGAAUUCGAUUUGGCUGUUGCGGGGCUGGUGGCACUAAUCAUUGUGCUCUUUGUAGGCGUAAUUAGUUUUAUUGUGCUGUGUUGUUGUCUGAAACAUUGGAAUCUCUCCGUGCCCGUUGAAAAUCGCCGCAAAGAAGCUUUAAUUAAAAAACAAAUAAUUGAGGAUUUGAAUACAACAGAGAAUCCUUUGUGGAUAGAGCAAAAACUAAAACUCUACGAAGAGCAGGAACUGACCAUGCAGGUCUUCUCUGAGCCUGACCACAUUUCGAGUUCUGACUCACCGGCUCAACUGGAGCAUCAUGUGCCACAUCAUAGCGUUGUUGACAACACGUAUGCCACCAUACAGCCACGUAACGGCAACCACGGCUUAAGCAGUACACCCGUACAUAAUAGCGAAAACAUAGGUGGGGUAAAUAUGAGCAACAACAAUGCUUUGGGUCGUCUUCAUGAUGCGCAUAUUAAUGAAUUUGCUGAUUAUGCGACGUUGCGAAAUAACCGCGCACCAUCCAUGUACGAAUUCACUGGCUCUACAUUCCAAGCGCCCAUACGCGAAGGGGACGAUGCCGUAGCAGAACUCAUUUAAAAUUUUGAAACUCUAACCAUGCCAUGUGUAAUAGGACUGUGUAUAAUGUUACGUAUCGUGCAAACGCUGGCAUUUAAUAUUAAAAAUAAUCGCAUACAUACUACUAUGUAUUUUCUAAUUUAUUUUGUAAAUUCCAAUUGGCUCAUUAUAUAUUAAUUAUUUAAGUGAAGUAGAGAGAGAGAAUUUGCCACAUUUAGUAAUAAUGUAAAUUAAAAGUAAAUAAAAAAUUAAAAAUUUAAGAAUCUGGUGUUGGUUCGGGUAUGCGAAGUAUACACAUGUAUGUAUUAAUUCAUAGUGUUAAUAGUUAUAUACAUACAUAUUUACUGUUCAUUAUUAGUAGAAUGAAUAAUUUAAAUGUAAUCAUUUCAAUAUUCGCUAAACACUCACACAAACCAUAGUAAACAUUAAACAUAUGUGUGUUUGUAUACUGCAUAUGAGGAGUUUACAAAAAAAAAAUUAUGUAUGUAAGUAAUAUUUAUAUGUAAGAAUACUCAAUCCAGCUCUGAUAAGCAACAUUUCAUCCAAUGACUGGCUGUAGGACGAGCUCAAAACUCAAUGGCAUUGAGCAAAACAAAACAAAAAAAAAAAAAAAAUA